GCGGCGCCGGCGGUUGCUGUCACCUGAUUCUGGUGGCUGGUGGCAGCGGUAGCCGCGGCAAUGGACUUUCUCCUGGGAAACCCGUUCAGCUCUCCGGUGGGACAGCGCAUCGAGAAAGCUACAGAUGGCUCUCUGCAGAGUGAAGACUGGGCCCUCAACAUGGAGAUCUGUGACAUCAUCAACGAAACCGAAGAAGGCCCUAAAGAUGCCUUCCGAGCACUGAAGAAGCGAAUCGUGGGGAAUAAGAAUUUCCAUGAGGUCAUGCUGGCCCUCACAGUCUUGGAAACAUGUGUUAAGAACUGCGGGCACCGCUUCCAUGUGCUGGUGGCCAGCCAGGAGUUCGUAGAGUGUGUGCUGGUGAGGACCAUUCUGCCGAAGAACAAUCCGCCCACCACUGUGCAUGACAAGGUGUUGACCCUCAUCCAGUCCUGGGCUGACGCGUUCCGCAGCUCGCCUGAUUUGACAGGGGUUGUUGCUGUCUAUGAGGACCUGCGAAGGAAGGGCCUGGAGUUCCCCAUGACUGACCUGGACAUGCUGUCACCCAUCCACACACCCCAGAGGACUGUGUUCAACUCAGAAACAUCAUCCGGACAGAACUCUGUGGGUUCCAACAACAGCCAGCGAGGAGACCUGAGCCAGCAUGCCACCCCUCUGCCCACUCCAGCUGUUCUCCCGGGUGACUCACCCAUCACACCAACUCCUGAGCAAAUCGGAAAGCUGCGCAGUGAGCUGGAGAUGGUGAGCGGAAAUGUGCGGGUGAUGUCAGAAAUGUUGACAGAGCUGGUGCCCACCCAGGUAGAGCCUGCAGACCUGGAGCUACUGCAGGAGCUCAACCGCACCUGCCGUGCCAUGCAGCAGCGGGUCCUGGAGCUCAUCCCACGCAUCUCCAAUGAGCAGCUGACCGAGGAGCUACUCAUGGUCAAUGACAACCUCAACAAUGUGUUUCUGCGCCACGAACGGUUUGAACGCUUCCGAACAGGCCAGACUGCCAAGGCCUCCAGUGAUGCUGAGCUAGCUGCUGACCUGAUUGACAUGGGGCCUGACUCCACAGCCACAAGCAACCUCUCAUCCCAACUGGCAGGAAUGAAGCUUGGCUCCCGCAGUGUGAGAGCUGGCCUGCAGUCUCUAGAGACCUCGGGUCACCUAGAAGACGACUUUGACAUGUUUGCUCUGACUCGGGGCAGCUCGUUGGCUGACCAACGGAAAGGAUCCCGGCCACCCAAGCCCGUAUCAUGGAGGACAUUGAGCAGUGGCUGUCCACAGAUGUGGGCAACAGUGCUGAGGAGCCCUCUGGUGUCACCAGUGAAGAAUUUGACAAAUUCCUGGAAGAACGAGCCAAAGCUGCCGAUCGACUGCCCAACCUGGCCAGCCCUUCAGCUGAGGGACCCCGGAGACCUUCUGGCACAGCCCCUCGGAGGAAGACCCAGGAGAAGGACGAUGACAUGCUGUUUGCCUUAUGAAUGCAGGAUCUGGCAUCCUGUAGCCCAGGGCCUGGCACUAUCAUAUCCACUGGGGCCCUUCCCUCCCUUGGUGUUACUGCUGCUUGGGGGUGUUUUGUUACCCCACUUCUCUCCUCCUGGAGCCUGGGCGGCAGUGGGAUGAACUAGGGAAACAGGUCAGCCCUGCCCUGGGAUCCUGACUGGUCCUGCCUCCUUCUCCAUCCUGCUAUUAUGACUUUGCUGAGACCUGGGGCCCCAGACAAGCCGACCUGUGUGACCUGAUUGACCUGGUGUGAGGCUGCUUUCAUGAAACUCCUCUGGUCCCAUCCCCAGAGAAGCCCACAGGAGCCCCCCAAAAUCCACACUACCAGUCUGGGCAAUAGGGGAGACAUUACCACAGCCUUGCCCAUCCCUUUCCCCUGCAGAGUGGGACCUGACGAAGGGGUGGGCUGUGGUGGUCCUGGCUGAGCUGUCCACUGUCCCGGUACGAAGAUGCACCCAGUGAGGAAUGACCUCACCAGCCCAGGUGUUAAGAUGGGGAUUCUGGGUACACAGAGCCCCCCAGUUCCUCCACUGCCUCUCCCCCAUUCUAGCUCUGUUCCUCCAGCAGGGCUCCACCCACCUGGGGCUCACCUGUUGAUUGGUCCUCAAGUAGAGGGGGAGGUGCCUUUUGUAUCCCUAAAUAAAGUACAAAACCACCUGC